ACUACAUAACCUGAAAGCGGCCUGGGCCCCGGGCCUCCUCUUUUCCUGACCGCACACCCCGGGCCCCCAGUGCUGGUCUGGGGAGAGACGGUCCGAUGCGGAAGACCACAGGCCUCUCUCUCGGUCAAGGCCACCCAGUGCGGAGGGGGCGGGAGGGAGAAGGAGCCGGGGCUGUGGAAUAGGCUGAGGGGCCCUGUGCCGGCUGUGGUGGUUCUGGGAAAGGCCUGUGGGCUGAACACUGAGGGCCCUGCAUACCCAGAGCCUUCAUCCCUUAAGGGGCAGGAGCGGGGGAGCCCUCACCACUCUACUUCCUCUGCCCGAGCUGUGUGCACAGCCUGACGACUGUGCUCCUUCACUCAGCCCAGAGCUGAGCUCAGGGAGGGGCCACUCCUGGUGGACAUCGGUCAGGAGACUCAGGUCUCCUCGACUCCCAGGCCUGGUGGCAGGCCUGGUACCCGCCCCCGUGCCCCAACACACAUUGCCUGCAGAUUGGAGAGAUGGCCCCUGGCAUCCUGACAUUCCUGACAGAGAAGGAGGCUUGGACCUGUUUUCAGAGCUACUGCAACGUUAGGUAUCAACUUUGGGGGAGUCCCCAGGGAUUUGCACAGUUCCCUAACUCUCUUCCCCCUUUUGGGGCCACAGGACUCCCAGGAAGAAUGAGGUCCUCUGUGAUGCCUUUGGGGCCCACGGUGAGCCAGGACCGCGUCAUCACCAGCUUCCCUAAGUGGUACACGCCCGCCGCCUGCCUGCAGCUCCGGGAGCACUUUCACGGGCAGGUCAGCGCCGCCUGCCAACACAGGAAUACGGGGACCGUCGGGCUCAAACUCUCCAAGGUGGUUGUGGUCGGCGACCUCUACGUGGGCAAGACCAGCCUCAUCCACAGGUUCUGCAGGAAUGUUUUCGACCGCGACUACAAGGCCACCAUCGGGGUGGACUUUGAGAUGGAGCGCUUUGAGGUCGCCGGGAUCCCCUUCAGCCUCCAGAUCUGGGACACAGCAGGACAGGAGAAGUUCAAGUGCAUCGCGUCUGCCUACUACCGGGGUGCCCAGGUGAUCAUCACGGCCUUUGACCUCACUGACAUGCAGACCCUGGAGCACACCAGGCAGUGGCUGGAGGACGCGCUGAGGGAGAAUGAACCAGGCGCCUGCUUCCUGUUCCUUGUGGGGACCAAGAAGGACCUUCUGUCAGGGGCCGCGUGCGAGCAGGCGGAGGCAGAGGCCGUGCGCCUAGCCAACGAGAUGCAGGCCGAGUACUGGUCCGUGUCGGCCAAGACCGGGGAGAACGUGAAGGCGUUUUUCAGCCGUGUGGCCGCCCUGGCCUUCGAGCGCUCGGUGCUGCAGGACCUGGAGCGGAGGAGCAGUGCCCGGCCGCAGGUCGGCAACGGGGACGUCAUCCGUACGUGCAGGGAUGGAGGGGCAUCCACCCGAGACCCAGGACAGCAAGAGGCCCUCCAGCCCAGGUUGCUGUUAGCUGAGCCUGCGUCAGAGGCCUCCACUGCCUGCAUGCGUGUGGGCGGUGCCUCCCGUGACCUGGAGGGUGACAUGGAACACCCACCGUGCUGAGCCCCAGGGCUCCGCCUCUUCUCUUUAGUGGGUCGGAAGCCAGGGAAGGCCCCCAGUGGCUGCCCAGGGUCCCAUGCUGCCCAGCUGGUGGGGGCACUGAGGCUGUCAUCUGGAAGGCCAGUUGUACUUACAGAGUCACUCGACAGCCCCCCGGCCCCGGGAGGCUCAGGACCACAGGCACGGACACGUGCCCCCAGGCCCACGGCGCUCGCCCUGGGCACAGUCAGCAUCCCCUCGGGCCUCUUCCCCACUUUCCUGGGUCGGCCUCGGAAUCAUCCUCAUCUCGGUGGUCCAGACGAGCGGCACUUGCUGAAGUCAAGGCUCCCUGUCUGCUGCAACCCGGAUCGGGCAAGAGCACCCAGGUCUCCCCUCCCCAGCUCCCGCCCAGAGCGCCCAACCCUCUCCAUGCCCUCAUGUUGCUCCUCCUCAGGGGCUACUGAGCCCCCGCCCACCCCACUCUCCCCAGCCCUGGGUGUGUGCCGCCCAAUCCUGCCCUCCAUGGCCAUAGGCAGGUGGCGCGUCUGGCUCCCACCUGUUUCUCGUAGAUGGUGAGCAUUUCUUGGGCAGCCAGGUGGUUAGCCGCCGGGAGACUCAGCAGCUUCUGUUCAUUCCCCCUUCACCACAUUUUUAGCUCUCCUUUUUUAUAGAUAGGAGAUACUUCUUUAUAUAAAUCACUCCUAA